AAGCGUUGAAAAAAGGUAAAGGAGGCAUCGUUUUUUUAUAUACGCUUUCCCAAGCUCCGCCCGGCCACCAUAUCCUCUGCCCACUCUGCCUGCCCAAACCUACCACUUCACACUGCCGCCACAGCCCGCAGCCACAGCGAUCGAGCCCCUCUCCCUCCGCGAGCCGUGUGCAGCGGGCGACGGGAUAACUAACAAAAAUGGCGGCCGUGGUGGCGGCGGUGGAGGCGGGGGUGGUCGCGGUGGCGCGCGGGCGGGGCAGCGGCAGGCUGCUCCGGGGAAUCUACUGGAGGCUCCGAGCCGGGAUCCGGCGGAUGCAGUCGGAGCGCGGGAGGUGGCGCGGCGGCAGGCGUGACCACGCCCGGUUCAGCUUCCACUACGACGCGCUCAGCUACGCCCUCAACUUCGACGACGGCCGCGCCGCCGCGGACUUCGUCCUAGUAUGAGUCCGACGCGACAUGGCCGGCGUUUAGCCGCGCAGUAUGCAGGUGGUGUGUGUGUUUGUCUGCGUGUUAGUGCGUUUCUGCUUAGAGGCCCGUGUAAUUAACGGAAGCUGGCGGUGUGUUUGGGUGGUUAGUGUGGCCGCGUACUCUGCUCUUCUUGGUUUAACUAGGAGCUAGUACUACUAUUUUUGGUGAAUGGGAAGGCAGAUUCUGUACUAUUAUUUCUAACACCACGAUUUGCAAGGGGGAAAGAGUGCUUCUUUGCCGUUUUGGUGCUUGCUUUCA